AUGUCUACAGCCACAGCCGCACCUCCAGCCACGGACAAGACCAAGACCAAGACCAAGAGGAAGAGAAUCGAAAUCAUCAUCGGCGGACCAAUACUAGGGCCUCAGAGCGAGUACGCGACGGCGUCGAAGCUCGAAGCUCUAGUAUCGCUCUGCCAGUCGCACUCGAUCACAGCGAUUGACGAAGCCAAGAUCUACGCGGCCAGCGAGGCGUUCGUGGGGGCGACGCGGCUCGGAGCGCAAGGGUUCCGAAUCGACACCAAAACGCCCGGCGGGUGGGAGCCAGGGUCGUCGACGCGGGCCGGCGUGGUCUCCAACCUGCGCUCGAGCCUGCAGCGGCUGGGGGUCGAGCAGGCGCACGUGUUCUACCUGCACGCGCCGGACGCGGCGGUGGCGCUGGACGAGACGCUGGCGGGCGUCAACGACGCACACCAGGCCGGGCUGUUCUCGCGGUUCGGGCUGUCGAACUUUCCGCCGCGCGAGGUCGAGCGCGUCUACGAGACGGCCAGGGCCAACGGCUACGUGCUGCCCACCGUCUAUCAGGGCUGCUAUAGCCCCGUGACCAGGAAGCCCGAGGACGUGCUGCUGCCGCUGCUGCGCAGGCUGGGCUUCAGCUUCUACGCCUACAGUCCGCUGGCGGGCGGGUUCUUGACCAAGACCAAAGACCAGAUCCUCGCCGGCGUCGGGCGAUUCAACCCCAACGACAUGUAUGGCGCCAUGUAUCGCCAGAUGUUUGGGAAGCCCAACUAUCUCGACUCGCUGGCUGCUUGGGCCGAAAUCGCCGACCAGGAGGGCGUGUCCAGAGCCGAGCUGGCCUAUCGCUGGGUCGCCUGGUCGAGUGCCCUGAACGAGGAGUGCGGAGAUGCCUUGAUCUUGGGCUGCAGCUCGCUCGAUCAGAUGACCCAGGCUGUCUGCGGCAUCGAGAAGGGUCCACUCUCCGACCAGGCUCAAAGUGCCAUCGAUGCCCUCUGGGCUAAGGUCCAGCAUGAGGCCCUGAUGGACAAUUUCGAGGCUGCCCAGCUGGGGAGACUAGAUGGUCCAACAGCUAGCUAA